AUGACUCUUUUGCCCCUUUCUCUUCUUGCCCUCAUUGGGAGCAGUUAUGGUCUCUCUAUUCCUUUUGAACGUCGCUCCACCACCGCUCGCUCGACCACGGUGUCUGUGAACUCCAACUAUAACGGAAAUCUAGGAUUCUCCAAUGGCGCUGGCUUCCUGUACACGGCCACCAUCUAUGUGCAGGGACAGCCCUUUCAGGUCCAAAUCGAUUCAGGCAGUUCGGAUCUGUGGUUGGACACAUGCAAUGUCACUCUUGACGGCCUCCAGGACACAGGAACAACAGGUUCCAUAAGCUACGUAGAUGGCUCGUCUGCGACGGGACCCAUUGUCCUAGCCAAUGUUAGUUUCGGGGAGUUCACCGUGGGCGGACAGGCGUUCAUCAACGCCCCCGGCAGCAAUGCAACCACCCCUGGCUUCGACAGUGGCUUGCUGGGUGUUGGCCCACCGGGCGCAUCCUCCGUGUUUGACCAGUUGAUCAACACGACGUACGAUGGGCUCCCUUUCCUCGUCAACGUGUUCGCCCAGGAUCCGGACGAGCCGAACUUCAUGACCUUCUUCCUGUCCCGCUCGGACGCCGGCAUCACCCAGGGCGGUGUGAUGUCGAUUGGUGAACUGAUCGCGGACUAUGUAUCUGUUCUUGACCAGCCUAAGCUCCCUGUGGUAUCGGCGACGUCCUGGGAGGCGUUCAUGGACGGUGUCUAUGUCAACGGAAAGUUCUUUACGGGCCACUCGGAGAGUGCUUUUGGUAUCACAGCUGAGCCCGGCAAGGACCAGACGACGAUAAUCCUUGACACGGGUACUUCGCUCGCGACUGCGCCUCGUUACUAUGUCGAUGCCAUGUACAAGGAUGUUCCUGGAUCGAAGUUCAACAAGUCGAUCGGUUACUACACCCUACCUUGUGAUACGAGGCUCAAUGUCAGCAUGGCCUUCGGUUCGAGCAAGUACCCCAUGGAUCCGAUCGACCUCACCACCAUCCAGGUGAACUCCGACGGUAGCUUCUUCUGUGUCGGCACGUUCGCCCCGACCCCUGACAAUGCUGGAGUUGACUUCAUUCUCGGUGAUUCGUUCAUGCGUAAUGUGUACUCGCUCUUCAGCUACGGCAGCAACUUCACCGGCAAUGGAGACGAGCUUCCAUACAUGCAGAUCCUCAGCAUCACGGAUCACGAUAAGGCGUGGGCAAAGUUCGACUACGCCAACGCGCAACGUCUCAUCCAGUCCGAGUACGAAACGUUCGCGGAGAUGUACAACAUCACCGCGACCUAUGAGGCCGCACCGCAGACGACAACGUUCUCGCUCGUCGCGCCGACCUCGGGGUGGCAAACCGCUUCUGCGGUGAAGACCCACGUCCACUCUUCUGGCGGCUCCUCUGCCACUGCUGCGCCCAAGUCCUCAAGCUCGAGUGGCUCCAGCGAUGACAAGCUCGGCAGCGACCUCGCCGCGAACCUCGACACUUCAUCGUCUGUUUCGUCCUCGGGUUCGGAUGACUGGAGUGCGCUGCUACGCAACUCGUACAUUGUCAUCGGCCUCCUGGGCGGCGCGAUUCUUCUGCUUCUCGGCGUGCUCAUCAAGCUUUGGGUCGGCAACCGGAACAACAAAUAUAGCCCCGUCGGCUCGACAAUCCCGCCCGCGGCAUUCCAGCGGUUGUACGAGCCAGAAAAGGACGAGGCGUUCACGACGCCGUACGACGACCUCGCUCGCCCGACGGGUUCGCACUGAAACCCGUGAUCCGCUGUCGUCGAGAUGCGGGUUUCGUCCAGUGUACAUCGCUUCGCACUGUCUCUUGCUGUCGAUCUUUUUGGGUUUUCUGUUGUGGUCGCGGAGAAAUUGUAUCUUUGCUCCUUUGCUGUAUUUCACUUUGGCAUCGCUAUGGACUGGUGCAACCGACACGCCCUAGCCGCUCUUUGCUUAACACCACUGCUACUCUACCCAUUGGACUUUCAUAUUAUCAACAGAAUAAAUUAUUUGUCGGCCCUGCAGACUCAGAUGUUCCAGCCGGACUGGGGAAUUCAGAUUUCAAGUUGAUACACCCCUCGGUACUUAAGGCAGCCCGUGCG